AUGGACGGCGGCGGCGGGGCGCCGCCCGCCCUGGAGAAGAACGCGGCGGAGCUGACGGUCAUGGACGUCUACGACAUCGCCUCGGCCGUGGGGCAGGAGUUUGAGCGGGUGAUCGACCAGCAUGGGUGCGAGGCCAUCGCUCGCCUCAUGCCCAAGGUGGUGCGAGUGCUGGAGAUCCUGGAGGUGCUGGUCAGCCGCAACCACAUCAACCCCGAGAUGGAGGAGCUGCGUCUGGAGCUAGACCGCUUGCGCCUGGAGAGGAUGGACCGCAUCGAGAAAGAGCGGAAGCAUCAGAAGGAAUUAGAACUGGUGGAGGAUGUCUGGAGAGGGGAAGCACAGGACCUUCUUACCCAAAUUGCACAGCUGCAGGAGGAGAAUAAACAACUGAUGACAAACUUGUCUCACAAAGACAUUAAUUUCACAGAAGAGGAAUUUCAGAAGCAUGAAGGAAUGUCAGAGAGAGAGCGGCAAGUCAUGAAGAAGCUGAAGGAAGUGGUAGAUAAACAGAGGGAUGAAAUCAGAGCAAAGGACCGGGAACUUGGACUUAAAAAUGAGGACGUAGAGGCUCUUCAGCAGCAGCAGAACAGGUUAAUGAAAAUCAACCACGACCUGCGGCACCGGAUCACUGUUGUUGAAGCUCAGGGGAAGGCACUGAUUGAGCAGAAAGUGGAGUUGGAAGCAUAUCUACAAACCAAGGAGCAGGAGAUGGGCAACCUGCGAGCAGAGCUGGGGAAACUGAGAGAAAAGCUGCAGGGUGAAGACAGCCAAAAUGGGGAGGAAGUAAAGGCAGAACCAAACAAUGAUGACUGCCUCUCAGAGUCAGAGAAGAUGGCAAUGGACUUGAAAGAUCCAAAUCGGCCAAGAUUCACCUUGCAGGAGCUCCGGGAUGUCCUUCACGAGAGGAAUGAACUGAAAUCUAAAGUGUUUUUACUUCAGGAGGAGCUUUUAUAUUACAAAAGUGAGGACACAGAAGAAGAAACUAGACCCUCUCAACCUACACCCAUAAUUCAGUCCAAACCCUCAACCCAGCCUGAAUCUGGAAUCAAACGACUGUUUAGUUUCUUCUCGCGUGAUAAGAAACGUUUGCAGGCAUCACAGAAAAAUGUCCACUUCCAGGAUACUUUUGGAGAAUGGUCAAAUUCAAAUAAAGGUGACUCCUACACUGAACAAGGACAAGAAGCCCUGCAGCACCUGUGACUAAAAGCCUGAGGUGUUCAAUUUACCACAGUAGAUCUCGACACUCUAAUAACAAGAAGCUUCUAUAAACAAAUGUGGCAGCUCAUCACUUUUCUUUGCCUUGCACACCUCAGUGGUUGUGUUCCAGAUGCACUCUUCAAAAGGGAUCUCUCACUGUUUACUUGGGGACUGUUGGCUGAAAACAGAAUCCAAGUUUUGUAGGAACAGUCACCGAUACCCUGGGACAUUGAAGCUUCUAGAUGACUUUUGUGCUGAAUAAUGAGUCUGUGGUCUUGUUCAUGCAUUAACUACAGUAACACAAGCUUCUUUAAACCAAAAAAAGGACAUGUGCCAUUAUUAGAAGUUUGUUUGCAGUGUACAGUAUCUAGUGGCAAAGACUCCUUUAUCCCGUUUGUUAACACUAUUGGUUGUUUGCUUUUUAUUUCCGUAAGAAUUCUUUCAAGAGGGAUACAACAGCUGGUCAUGCUCCAUGGCGGGUCUCAGCAUUGCUGUGUCCCGUCAAGUUCUGCUGGCAUCUGCAUUUUGCAGAGUAACCCCUUGGAAAUCCACCUGAUACAAAUUGACAAACUGGAGUAGCCUUGAGAGGGAUAACAAGAGUACAUUUCCCUUGCUGCUGAUAGUGCCUAAAGCAUGACGAAACUGAUGGAUGAGGUGAGCACGCCUUGCACUUUGCCAUGAGUUCUGCAGUAUUAAUGGAAGAAAAACUGGUUACAAGGAGGAAUUCUAACACUUAAUUUUUUCCCUUCUUGCCAGUAGCGGACAGCUGCUGUAAAGGAAUUGGCUCAAACAGCCAUGCUCCCACAGGCGCAUUUUUAAUUAAGUCAUCCUCCACUUUUCUGUUCAGAUGAGACUGCCUAACUUCAGAGUGAAAGACACCCUCAGAUAGCUGACCAGAACUAUUUUAACUGACUUAGAGAUGACCCCAGCUCAGGAUGUUCUCUCUUGACUAGUCUAAACACUAGGUGGGCAGAGUGAAUGAAUCCCAUGUGUGCAGGCUGCUCCACUGGUGUCAGCUGAUGUUUUGGAUAGCCUGUAGUUACAAGGGCUUAACCUGCCAGUGAAAGCCCCCACAGCUGAACUGCCAGGAGGUAGAAUUUGGAUGUGCUUUGCAGUUGAGCUUGGGACCCCAGGGUUCGACUGAGGCUGUACUUACAAAACCCCUGACUAAAGCCCAGUGCAGUGUAACUCGUACAGUGUGGUGUCAGCGCACACCCUGUCUCUGCACCACACACUCCACAUGAACCAGGCAGGAGAGGGUGAGCACAUCCAUAGCUCCUUGUGAGGGAAGCACUGAGGUCUUUGUGAACUUGGCCAACGCUAGGAGAGUCCUCGCUGGAGUACUGUGCUGCUGGUGAGGAGUCUCCCUUUAUGAUGAGGUCAUAGGCAGCUUCUUAGUGCAGGAGGCUGUGAACUGCUGUUCGUACCUUACCCCCAGCAACUACACUGCUUGGUAUAAAGUCUCUUCUGAGGAGUGGCACUAAGCAGAAAACAAUGUUCACGCUGGAGUAAAGCUCCAACUACUCCAGGUACUGAAUGUAGGAAGAAAUCUUGAAGAACUCCUGCAUGACAGCAAGUGAAAUCAUUCAGUGCAAGCCAGUUGUUUUUAAUGCAGGGUAAUCUAAGUCCCAUCUAAAAUGACACUGCCAGGAAACCAUUCUUGCAGUGGUGGGCUGAAUGCUGCUCUGUUCCUGACUGCAACUGUGCUGUGUGUUGAACAGGGACCUUCCAUGUGCUCUAGGAAAGUGUUUACUGUGCCUCCCUUGUGUUACUGUGGCUCAGGGCAGGGAGGAAAUGUGGCCUUAUAUGAAAGACAUCUACAUCUGGAAUAGUGAUGGGAUGCUGGGAUUGGGCAGAUAAUUUUGCCUGGUUACCUUUUGGUAACAUAUCCCAAAUUUUAUGCUUAUAGAAAGUUGUAUCCAUAAAACAGCAGCACUUUCUGCCUUGAGUGAAAGACUGUUCUUAAAUGGGGGGAGUGUCUUCAUUUAAUGAUAUGUAAGUGGCUAAGAUCUCGAUUUCACUUCAAUAUUAGGGAAAAAAAAAAGGCACACUACAGUUGUGUCAGGCAGUUAAAUUGUGGCCAACACCCAUUGUGUGGUUUGCAGUGGCUGGACACAUUUAGAAGAGAUGCAGAGAUCAGAAGAAGCACAAGAAUGCAGUGGGUGCAGGGCCUGAAUAAGCACAUCACUUCUGAAAUCAGGGGAGAGCAAUGAACUGGCAUAAUAGAAACAACCAGACUGAAAGGGUUUUCCCCAGCACCUAAGCUGGUGUAUUAAAGGAUGGCUCCUGGCCUAGAGCACAUCAAUCUCAUCCUGUAUGCUGCAGCCACCACACUAUUGUCAGGUCAGAUCUGCAGCCAGCUCAAACAAUGGCACUAAGCAGUACAACCUCCUCCCACUCAUCUCCAGCCCAUUACCUCAAAACUUUGAUUAGUUCCUCCUGCCCUUCUAGCAUUAACAUUUCACUCCUUGUGUUGUCAUGUUUGGAAUGCUGAGUUCAUACACUCCAAGGGCCACCACAAAGAAUGGUGGGUAGGGAAGAGUAUGUAAAGAUUUGGAGAUCUGUCAUGUUUUGAUUCUCAACUAAAACCUCCUUUUACAAAAGGGGGCCACGAUGUUGUCAGGUAAGGAGUGAACAAUCCUGCCUAUGAAGUGCAGGAUCACGGAAGUUUUUUUGGGUUGAUUUUAUUUUGGAUUUUUGUUGUUGUUGUUGGACAGUAAAUCAU